UUGUUUUCCUGUUAGGCGGCCAGUUUAAGUUGCCAUAGCAGGCGAUGGCUGUGCCUUACAUUGAUCACACACGAUAACCGUCAUACUGCUGGCCACAUGGCUCAUGUCAGCAUGGACUCCUUCAGUGAAUCUGACACCAAUGACAGACCCACGGGGCAUCGAUCGCGGGUCAGAAAGCGCCGAACGAGGCCUGACAGCGCAUUUCCCAGGGACACUCAUGUAUCGGACAUAUCGGACAAAAUAGGCACUUUAGCAAACACUCUACAAGAUACAAGCCGAAAUCUAAACAAAGUAGAUCGGAUGUUGGGACAAUAUAAGGAUCACACAGAUGACCAAGCUGAAGCCAUAGCAACACUUAGGGAGAGCUUAGAGGAGUCCAUCCAGCAUCUACAGGCGCAGCAGCUAAGAAGAUCCACUGGUGGGUGGAGCACCUCCCUCUCCACACUGCACACCAGUGACCUGGAAGAUGGCAGCGCCACAGAUAUCAGACGCCACCUACCCACAUCCCUUCUAAGAGAUUAUGGCAGUGCAGGCACAGACAACAGAAGACGGUCUAGAUCUGUCGCUGUGCAUUUCACAGACUCCACUCAAGCUGACGAGCAGAUUCAUUCAUUGCAUCAGUCCUCAGAGACUUGCAGAGUGAUCAGCUUCUGAUUGGUGAUGACAUUGAUAGAGAGAUCAGGAGAAGAAACAGAAUUGAUAUGGAAACCAAGAAAACACUGGAGAAUCUUGCAGGCCACAUAAAGGCAUCACAGAAAGAAGAACCUGUUUCAUUACGGGUGGAGAGACGUUUACAGGAGAUUGAAGAUGAGAUGCGCUCAAGGAUUUCUGAAAGACAUCACAGAGAGAAGCCAAAAAGCAUGUCUGGUGAACUGCAGGAGGCUUUGAGAAGACAUGACUCCCAAACCCCAGAGGCUGAUGAGAACUUCAGAAAUAGACUGCAGAGAUCAGAGAAUGAGAGAAGCAAGAUGCAACAGGAAAUGGAGAGGCUCAGAGAGCAGCUGGAUCAAUCAGAAGGUGGACGAGACACCCUUCUCCAGAAGAUGGAUGGCAUGCGUUCACAGCUUCUGAGGAUGGAGAAGGAGCGGUUAGAUUUGCAAAGGAGA